AAAAAAAAAUGGUAUACAGUUUUGGGGCAGGCUUGUGUAUUUUUUUUCCUCGGCUUGUUUUCACUCGGAGUGAGGGAUCGGAGUUGACAAAACAAAUGUGUUCCGUGGAGUCACGAAUCCGUGCAUCACAGUUCAGGUGGAUCUAGAUGAUGGACACGGAGAAGAGAAUCCAAAGGAGUACGCGCGGACUACACGAUCAGAUUUCACCGCUACAUUUCACGAAUCAGUAACAUCUAAACAUUUUCUCAGACUCGUAUGACAACAGCGGUCGAUCACUGGCCGGUGGUUGUCCUACCGCAGGGCAGUGAGUGUCUGAUGCCGAGUUUGAUUCGCUACCUUACUGCGAAGUUGCUGUCGCGCUUACCUGUUUAUAUGAGUUUUGAAUGCGUAAUGAGGUUUACAUUGGCGAGACCACUUGUUGAAAUCUCACAAAACUAAGUUCAGUGUUGUAGGAAAUACGAUUGAUUGAAUUUACCAUAUAAGUGGGCCGUUUAAAGAGUCGACCGACUGUUUGUUGUCAUUUAUAGUUCGUUUGUGAUAAAUCGGUUGUGUCAUAUCGCUCAUUAGCUGGUUAGCUGUCACGCCUGACUUUAUCCUGUAACUGACCGAGCAAUAUCAAUCAAUUACACACAUUUAGACAGUUAUAUCACCAACUGUCUAUCUUAAUUCAUAAAUAAUGGUAGGCACUUAAAUAUGUAUGCGCAAUAACAAAAAAUAUACACAAUUUAAAGUGUUCUCGUCAGAAUCUAAAGUAUUUAGCUCGCUAGCUAGAGUCGUUACUGAACUUGUUUCGUAAAUCCAAGUGAAAUAUUUAAGCUUUUCUGUUUGGCAUUGCACAGUAUUCCACAUUUUUUCCCACGAUACCAAGCAAGAGCUGGUUUAGUGAUGCCAAACAAAACUGUCAUAAACACUUGAAUAUUUAGCGAUGUCCAGUUUCCUGACAAACUUUGAGCAAAUUCUGCUCAUCGCCUUUAUACAAAUAUUGGCGUUAUAAGUAGAAGGAAUUCUUAUAUAUCCUCGUUACUUUGCACUUAAGCUGAAUUAAGUCCAUUAAGUCGUUAAUAAUACGGUUUCAUCACGUUUUCCAGCUCAUUAAUGGUGGCAAAUCUCAUGUCAUUAAAGCCACCUCGUCAAACCUCUCUAAAGCAUCUGGACUGCACUCUUACACGCUUUUCAGACAUGAAAGGACAAAUUAAACACAUUUGACUUCUCUAUCGACAACAUUCAACCGUUAGUUCCCUGCGAAGUUGAUCUCGAAACUCUGCGGCCCAACCAUGUCUGGAUCCCCGGGCUCGAGUGGCUCCAACCCGCGGAAGUUCAGCGAGAAGAUCGCGCUGCACAACCAGAAACAGGCGGAGGAGACGCGGGCCUUCGAGCAGCUCAUGACAGACCUCACCGUCUCAAGGGUGCAGUUCCAGAAGAUCCAGCAGCUCCGUCUGUCACAGAACCGGGCACAGUACUACGGUGGCUCGCUGCCCAACGUCAACCAAAUAGGCAAUGCCAGCACUGAUUUCCAGGGGACUUUUCCCUCCGGACUGGACUCUGUGCGAGGGACCAGACACCAUGGUCUGGUGGAGAGGGUUCAUCGAGACCGCAAUCGGAUCAACUCACCGCACUGCAGGCCCAUCGACAAGCACGGGCGGCAGGCUGAGAGCUCUCCAUAUGGAACGAUGUACCUUUCUCCUCCCCCUGACAACAGCUGGAGAAGGGAGCAACCGCCAUGGACCGAAGAGAAACGCCCUGGAUUUAGAUUAAUAUCACAGCUCAACAGAACAAACUCUGACUCAGCUCUGCACACCAGUGCCAUGAGCCCAAACCCACAGGAUCCUUUUGGCAGGAACCAGCAGAUGGGCAGAGGACCUCCUCAGCGAAACGCCAGCAUGAAUGAAGCAGAGGUGGACAAUUCUGGAGAUGUGUUCUCAUUUCAUGCUGUCCCUAAUGAGGAGAAUCUGCUCGGAGUGAAUAAGCCACUGCCAAAACAGUUAUGGGAGGCCAAAAAGGUGCAGUCUCUGUCCUCCCGGCCAAAGUCCUGCGAAGUUCCUGGAAUCAAUAUAUUCCCUUCUCCAGAGCAGAAUGCAGGUUUGUCUCACUACCAGGGCACUUUAAACACUGGCGGGUCUCUGCCUGACCUCAGUAACCUGCACUUCCCCUCUCCGCUGCCCACUCCUCUGGACCCCGACGAGGCUGGAUAUCCCAACCUGAGUGGAGGCAGCAGCACCGGCAACCUCCCUGCAGCCAUGAUGCAUCUGGGCAUCGGAAACUCACAAGGGCUGUCAUCCUCUCUAAGCAACCCUUCCAUCCAGGCGUCCCUCACCAACUCUCAGCUACACUCAUCUCUCAGCAAUCCAUCAAUCCACACAUCUCUGCGUCUCUCCUCGCUGUCCAACCCUCCUCCGACGGGCAUGGCGAGUUCACCCAGGAGAAGGCCGGCCCCCAUUAGUCCCCUGACACUCUCUCCAGGGGGCGAUCAGAGGCGAAGCCUGGGCAAGCAGCUCUCCCCGACAAUGUCGCCCUCUCUCUCUCCGAUCACACAGGGUGUUGCCUUGGACACCAGCAACUUGCCGAUGGAGCCGCCCCCUCCCUACCCCCUUUACCAGCAAACCCAGCAGCCCCUGCAGCAGCAGCAGCAUCAGCAGCAGCAACCUCCUCCCCAGUCCCAUCCGUCUAUUCAGCAGAGCUCCCAGCAUCCAGCGGUGCAGCAACUACCAACAGGUGGCCAACAGCAGCACCAGCCUGUGUCCCCACUGCAGAGCGUCCCGCUCGACUUUAAUUCCAGUGCUCACAACAGCAUGGGGGCAUUUUUUAAUGAUCCCUUUAUGGAGCUGCAGUUUUCUGGACGUCAGUCCAAGUGUUCGUCCUAUCAGCAGGAUCAGUAUAAUAUGUUGGAGAAUGUCAUGAGCUCUGUGGCAGGAGGGUUUGACCCUUCCUCCAACCUCUACUACUCCCAGGCUGCCCUCAUGGGCUUGGGCGGUAGCCAUGGCAACCUGCAAGACCACCUUCAGAUGAGGCCCAAUAUGCUCUACUCUAAUUGUGGAGGAGGAGUGCCCAACAUCAUCCUUACAGGUUGGGAUGAUCAAACAGCAGGUCGUUACGACUCCAAUCCCAGCCUCUCUAAGGACAUCAGCAGUGUGUUGUCUGCAGUGCCAGAGUGUUUUGACUCAGAGGGAAUUUUUCCACUUGAGGAUGAACUACGUAUUGAGCCGCUCAGUUUGGAUGGACUGAGCAUGCUCAGUGACCCUGAUAUGGUCCUCCCUGACCCCUCAGUAGAGGACAGCUUUCGCAGCGACAGACUUUGAAGAGCCACAUCAUGCAUGUAUACAUUCAUACAAACAAGUCCACGAAUGUGACGACUAAAGCACAGAACCUAUAGCACUCAGAUUUCUAUAAACAUAAAAAGAUCUUUACAUUUUCUUAAACACAAAGCGCAUGCAUAAACACUACAUGUUGAUAUAAAGUGAAUCAUCAUGCUCGCAUGAGUCACCCAGACGCCGUCUCUCAGUGGCCGCCAUUGCUCAGCAUGCUCCAUCUGCCUCCCAAGACACCGAUCAUCACUCAACAGAUGUGUGAAACCAAUCUGGAUGCUUCGCACGUGCUUUGACCUGUAAAGACAAUGAAACAAACAAAUAUGCAUGAACACAUGAACCUGCCGUGUAUCUACUCCUUGUGCCGAGUGACAAUCACGACACCGAAGCCAUAGCAAUGCCAAACCGAUGGCUGGAUCGGGCUAUUGUAUUGCUGGUCUAAUUCAAAGCCAUGCAACCAAAACAAAAUGAAUGUGCUUGUUUUACACAUUGCUUUUGGAUGUUAUCAGUAGGUCACACCAGCUUUCAAUAACAUUGCGGUAGCAGCAAAAGGAUGGGACCAUCCUGAAUGUGGAGACAGUGCGAAGAUGACAAUAUGACGUGUUAUGGAACAGAAGUAGUCGACAGCCGGCCUAAUACCAGCCCAUAUUGAUGCACCAAAUGCUGUGAUAUGAGACACCAGCAGGAUGGGUUGAGCCUUCCCCCCUCGCCACACCACCCGAACUCUGUUUCAGUAUCAAGAUUAGAACAUGUUCAGUGUAAUGAACCGUCUGGCUCGGGCUACUGAGUAGCAGACACAUUUAAACUAACCAACAGUCUCUGGUGUCACUGCCUGAAGUUUAGAACUAAGCUAACGGCCGAUAAUGCUGUGCGACAGGUUUUCAAUCACCGAAUCAGCGAUCACUUUGCUGGCCCGUAGAUGAGCCAAAGCCACUCAUACACGCUCCAGGCUGUGAAAACUCAGUCCGUCCUUCAGAAUGUGGCCAGUGCCCCUUAUUCAAAUGAGAAUUGAGAAUUCAAUGAAUUAUACCUCUUCCUGCACAGUGACGUACUAUAAAGAAAGGGGGAGUAUAGAUGAUGUGUAUAGAGCAUUAUUUUGCAUAUUUUUUAAAAACGAUAAAAGAGAGCUUUGCCACAUAUAUAUAUAUAUAUGCCUAACAAUUUUCUGACUAGAAUGUAUUUUUGAAACAGAAAAAGGGCAAACUGUUUACAAAGAUACUACGAAUUGUGAGUAGGCGCUGAAAUUUUUAUGAUUUUGGUAUAAAUCUAAAAGAAAAAAAAACACAUUUGUAUUUCGCUGAUAUUGAUCCAGUCCAUAGUUAGCGAAUAGAAGCUUUGGCUAUGCAGAAGUUUAGCACAGGACUGUCUCAGACGGCAGGAACAAUCUAGACCAUAAAAAGGAACUGUUUUACUUGUAUAUUUACUAUAUCUUUGUGCUUAUUUCAGAUUUUAUACAGACUUGUAAUGCGGCUUCUAAUAUGUCAGUUGUAUUUGUACUUGUUAAUCUGUUCAUGUUCUCUCCCUUUGAACUUUUGUUGUGGACGUUUUUUUUCGUGAACGUUUGUUGUGAAGGUAUUUCUCACUGUUGUUCAGCAUGGGCCCUCUCUCUGCAGCUCUGAUCCUUGUGAGGGGUUUUCACGAGAAAAAAAAAAUAACACUUUGGGAUUUUAAAAUGUUUUUAAAAGGUGUGAUUUGUGGACUUGGGACAUAUGUAUCAUUGUUAUCGCUCAUGUUGAAGUUUGCACUGAUCUGAACAAAAUUGAUCUUUUGAUUUUAAGCAGUAGUUUUUAUUUUGGCGAAAAUGUUAUUUGCGAUGACGCAAAGACGUCUGCUUUUUUGAGGGCUCUUGCCUUUUCUCGGCAUGUUAUGCAUGUGAAGACUUUGAAAUGAAUGCAGUAUAUUUUGUGAAUGAUUAGAUUCAAAUGACCAAAUAUUCUGAGAUGAAGAAAGAUGUCUAAAUAUAAUUCAGGAAUGUAAUUUUUUUUCACCAUAUCGUGAGUCAUUUUAUGCCCAUCUCUUGCCUCUUGACUGCCAGAUCUGAGCAAAAUGUUCCCAGAUUCCCAGAGAAACGGUUAUAACCAAAAUCCAGAAAUCCAAAACACACCCUUCUGUCUGUGUUGUUAUCUGUGUAGCUUUCUAUUCCACUUCCAGAGGUUGGUAAUAGAAAGCAAUAACACCGUUAUCUGUGUGCCAUGUCCACAAUUUUGUUUUUGCUAUGUAUUUUUGCAUUCAUCCAGGUCAUUACAGAGUUUUGAGUUCAAAACCAUCUUGUUGGUCAAAUCAAUCAAGUCGCUUUUACUAAAAUUCUUCCUCUUUUUGUUGUGCAUUGUUCAUUGCGGUCCAAGUAGGCGAGAAGAGAGGAUGAUUGACACAAGCAGAGAUUUAAGGUGUGGUGACAUUAGCAAAAUUUUGUGGGUAAAAAAGGUUAAUUGUCUAUUGUCAAUGGUGGAGCGACGUAUGAAGCACAGAAGUCACUUUCAAACCAGUUUUCUGUUGGUCAGUGUGGCGAAUCUGUGUGACUAACUUGAACCUACUGUGAAAUCGACAUUUGUAAACUUUUGCUGAAAAUUCCCAAUUGCAUAGAUUUCUGUUGAAAUUACUGGAUUUAGCCUACGAAAAUUAGCCAAACAACGUUAAUGUGAACCACACUAUAAACCCCUGGAUCUAAUCUUUGAUAAAUCUGGUGCCCCAUGUACAAAAAGCAGAACCAGAUUUGACUUUCACCCCCUGCAGCUGCAGUUUCUUUGUUUUGUAACAUUGUUCUUUAGGUGUGUUAGGACCUAUUUUAAGAGAACAUAAUGUUUAAGAGGGUUGCAGACAGAAGCUCUGGGCUGUUGAGCAUGUUUUGCUGCAUCCUGUUUCUGCAAAAAAAAGUCUCUCUCUUUAUAUAACAAAUAUCUUUUUAUCAUCUCUCUCAUUGUGUCAUCUUCUCAGUUAACUUUUGAAAUUUUUCAUGAAUAUUAACAGUGGCAUCAUAUUUUAUAGUCUUCGGUGGUUUCAUUGGGUCUGAUGGUUUGUUUCUGCCUCAGAUGACAUGAGAGUCUGUUCCCAUCAUUCAUUCUCUCUCUCUCUGGAAGGAGUUUUUAAUCUUCUCCUGCCUUAUUCUUGCUUUUGACCACUUGCUGUCCCUCUGAGUGUACGGUGAUACUCUUAAAUUUUUUCCCCCUGUAUUUCCAGGCCCUCUGCUCUAAUGGCAAAAAAGGUGUUUAUUGGCUUUUUGUAAAUGUAGUCUUCAUAACAAGAUAUUAGUUGUUUCUUCUGUUUAUAGAAGGAAUUCUUUUUUUCUUUGUUUUUGUUGUCUUUUUUUGUCACCUU